AUGCGUUUCAUUAUCCCAGCCCUUGCCAGCAUUGGCUUUGUCAGCGCUGGUGUCACUGAGCACGCGAAGAGAGAUGAUACCUGGGGUGGCAGUGUUUCUCUUGGUCCCUCCAAGUCGACCAUUGUCAAUGCUGUUACUACUCUGAUCCCUGGUGCUGCUCCCCCACCCAGAACGGAGUGCUGUUCCUGUGGCCUGAUGUCCAACGGAACGGGUGACCUCGUCCAGACCACCCUCGAGAGCUGGCCCAGCAACUCCUGGUGCGGAGCCACCUCCGGCCAGUGGUGUGUGCGCGCCAGUGUCUUCGGAAGCUUUGGCCAGCUUGAUGGUGAUGGUGCUGCUGUCAGUGGCGAUGACCACGUCCGUAUCGAGUACAACUUGGAGUCUGAUGGACAGACCUGGAAGCAGACCGUCACUAACGCUGUUACCGGCGCCCUGCUUUCCACCUACUCCCUUGCCUCCGGCCCAUACAUGAGGGGAUACGGUACCGGUACUGAGUGCAAUGACCAAUGCUCUGGUACUAUUGCUGCCCAGAAGUACCUGAAUACUACUAUUACCCUUGCCGGUGCUGAUACCACCUUCGGUUCUACUAUUGCUAAGGCUGCUGGUGCUUCUUACACUGGACUUGGGUCCAGUCAGGGUGGUAAGGUUUGGACUAUUGCCGAGAUUGAUAUCCCUGCUAUGGAUUAG